GCCGCGGCCGAGCAGCAGCCAGCCGCUCAGAAAGAGCUCGCCGCCGCCGCCUCCCCCGGAGCCGCCGAGGCCAGCUGGGCGGCGCUGCCCGGCGGAGGAAGAGGGAGGCUGCAGGAGAGCGGAGGCGGCGAGAGGGCGCAGCGGCCGGCAGCCUGUGGAGGGGCUCGGGCGCGCUCACUCACGCCCCGCAGCCACGCGCGCUCCGCGCCCGCACGCGCCAGCCGCGGCUCGCGCCUUCUUCGCCUCCGGGCGCCCGGCCUCUCUCCCCUCCCGCCCGCUGGCCGGGGUCGCGGUGGCCCGAGGAGCAGCAUGAAUCUGCGGCUCUGCGUGCAGGCGCUCCUGCUGCUCUGGCUCUCCUUGACUGCGGUGUGUGGAGGGCCCCUGAUGCAGCCUCCUGAGGGGAAGGGGCUGGAGGAAGGCAAUGUCCGCUACCUGGUGCAGCCCAGAGGGUCGAGGAAUGGAGCAGGGCCGUGGCAGGGAGGUCGGAGGAAGUUCCGCCGCCAGCGGCCCCGCCUCUCCCAUAAGGGCCCCAUGCCCUUCUGAAGCAGGACUGAAGGGGCUCCCAAGUGCCUGCCUGCUGCGGUUCUCUCUACUCCACAGAUAGGUCUGCUUCUCUGGAGCCCUCAGGUCCAUUCACCUCUCGCCUUACACCUGUUCUAGCUGCUGAUGGUCCCGGUUCUUCUCACCCACCAGAUUCCCCGAAUGGCGUGGUCCUGCCCUAGUUCAGAUGAUUCCCUUUCUCUCACAAGGAUCCAUUCAGCCAUCUUCCUGGCCUCUCCCCGGACUGACUUUGGAGACCCAGCCCUGGAAGGCCUUCCUUGCCUUCCUUCCUCUCCCCGGCUUGCCCUCUGCACGCUGCAGUCCUUAUCUCUCCCUUCGAAUGCCCCCAACCCUUCCCGUGACCUUCCUUCCUCAUGUCCGCCUGGGGCUGGGAGGAAACGCCCCUUUCUUCAGUGGGCCCCAGCAGAUCCCGUGUUUUCUGGUCAGUUGGCCCCUCAUCCGGCCUCCAGAGAGGACUAUGGAGAUGAGCAGCGAGAGACUUUAGUUAGAGAGGCUGGCUGUUGGGAGUCAGGAUGCAUUGGGGGGGACCAAAAUGGGGAGGAGGUUGGCACUCUGUUCAGGGGGGGUCGAAGCAUUGGAGAAGAGGAGAAAUAGCCACUGUGGCCUCUUCCUCAUCCUGUGUUUGGCCCCAUUAAGGAAGAAGCAAAGGAGAGGGACCCACAUAGUCCUUUGUCACUUCUCUCACCUUACUGUAUCUCCUACACUCCCCCCACCCCAACCCCACUAGCUCAAGCUCCAGGUCAGGAGGGGAGGGUGCUGGGCCGGGCCUGACAUGGCUCUAUACUCUCCCAGGAGGAAAAACCAGGCAGGAGGGUCGUUUUUGCCAAAAGUCACAGAACAUCAGAGCUGAAGCUGAAGGGACCCAAGGAGAUCAUUAGCUCGGCCUCCUCAUGCAAACGCCUGUGACAACAGAGGUCUGGCGAGGGGAGUGACUGUUCAGGGCCACUGCAGAGCCAGAAUGGGGACCAGGUCUCCCAACUCCCACGUUAUGAUGUCCUCUUCCCUCUUGAUGGUGCCUUUUCAAAACAAAUAAAGUGCCUUUUCCUGGGGUUGGGGCUGGGGGUGGCUGGGAAGGGAGGAAGAGGGAAGCUAUGAACUGCCCCGUCUGGGGACGGAGCUGCUCCCUCCUCCCUGCUGCACCAUCCCCCGACCUGGCCAUAACUGGCAGCUGUCCCUAUUCCAUCGGCCUGGGGCACUUUCAUAGGGGUAGCUCCAGCGCAGAGACUACUGUUCAAACACCAACACUGGUUUCCAGGAGCCAGAGGUGGCUUUAAAUGAUUGAACUCAGCAGGCUUCCCUUCGUGUUGACCUUUUUUCCCCAGUGGCCUUUGCUGGGGGUGGCGGGGGAGAAGUGGAAAAGAAGGAAGGGAAGGAAAGAUGGAAGGAAGGGAGAGAGGUAGGCAGGGAAGAUGGGAGGAAGUGCAGAUGGGAUGGCACUGCCCCACUUCCAGAGGCCCCAUCUUCCAUGAAGCCUUUGGCCUGAGCAGGUUUCCUUCUCAGAGGCCUCCCAGGGGGGAGAAUAGGGAAGACAAGAGCCUGAUGCCCACCUAGGUGUAUGUGAGGGCCCCAGUGCUCGCCUCUCUGCCUCCUCCCACCCAAGUCCUUUACCUCUGCUGCUGCUAACACUGCUGCUGCUGCUUCAAGGCCUACCCUGGGGAGCCGGGCUGGGCGCCAGCCUCCCCCACACCCCUCAGGCUUGGAGUGGGGGCUGGCUGGUGUCCAGAGAGUCUCUUCUGCCACUGAUGCCCCCACCAGGGACCGGGCCCUCUUCCCCCUCCUCGUCCCCACAUCUCCUGCCUCGUCAGCCUAACAUUACCUGCAGCCAAGCCCAGCUCCACAAGGAAGGGGCAAAAAUGGGACAGGAUGGCUGAGAAAGUUGGGAGAUACAGGGGCCAGAGGAGGGUGGAGGGUGGGCCGAGGGGCUGUCUUAUUUAAAGUGGUUGUGUAUGAUUCUUAUACUAAUUUAUACAAAGAUAUUAAGGCCCUUUUCAUUAAGAAAUUGUCCCCUUCCCAUAAUUAUGUUCACUGUGUUUGUAAAGAUUGUUCUGUGUAAAUAUGUCUUUAUAAUAAAGAGUUAAAAGCGACAAUUCGCCCUUACUCUUGGAGGUCACAUUCAGGAGGGGCGUUCCUCUCCCCUGAGGGCCAUGGCUGUCCCCAUGCCCAGGUAUUGCACAUGCGGGGAGGUAAGUGCCUGCAUCCUAAGUCAGCUCUAGGUCAACUGGCCUCAAACCAAUUUGCCAACAGCUCACGAAAGGAAUCCCUGUACUCAAUGACCAGUUCACAGAAAAUUCAGCCCACUUUUAAGUCUUUUGGCAUCUGUUUGAGUGUCCUAAUUUUUGGGGGAGUGUCAUUUAAAGGAUUUUAAAAAAGCAAUUUAUUUAAGAACAUACUGAUUAAAUGUGGAAUUUCUACUAAAAAUUGUUCUGUAUCUUUGGUGGGUGCCUUCUGCUAUUUUAUCUACUCUUGAACACUUCCGGGACUUUUUAGCCAGUUUGCCUUUCUUGAAAAAUGUUAUGUUUUCAGCAGUAUUUGGUAAUUACUUUGUAUGUAUCAUUUUAUGUUUCACAGAGUAGAGUUGCUUGAUGAAUGAGAUGGCCUGAAAAAUAAAA